CAGUGUGUUUGUGGUGGUGGUGGGGGGGUGGCUUUCUUUGCCACUGUUAUGGCUGUUGUUGGCAGUUAACUCUGUGAGUGUGUUUGUGGGGGAGGGUGGCUUUCUUUGCCACUGUUAUGGCUGCUGUUGGCAGUUAACUCUGUGUUCCCGGUACUGGAGAGGUCUUUGUGUUGGAUGCACUGGUGCUUAUUUCAACCAUGUACUAUACUUCAACUUAGUGGUGUGAGGGGACAACGCAUCAUGUCAAGGUUAUAAAGUGAAGAACAAACUGGGGAAAAAAACAUUCAGACACUCUUGGAGAAAAUGGGGAAUCAAUUCAAACUUCAUUCAAACCAAAGCUACAUGAAAGACAUGUCUGUAGUGCCUUAGUGGUGUGAAAGCACUUCUGAAGACCUCUGGACCCCUUAAGGACACCUGGGAGAGGAGACCCGGUCAUGCACGCAGAUUGACGUGAGCAGAGAACCAUCUGAUUGAGCUGCUAGCUGUUACCCUGUCUGAGUGGAAACCACAGAGACCAAGAUGGAGGCGGGACUACUGGAGAGCAGGCUGAGUAUGGAGGACUAUGAGAAACUGCAGAGCCUCUUUCUGGGUGACAGUGAAGCAGGCGUGUCCUUCUCCAGGGCAGAGUUUAUAGAACAAGCUUGGUCUGCAGUGAGACGUGGCUCCAGGGAGGAGUACGGCCUCCUAUUCGACAGUGUUGUUGUCACUCAGGAGCAGCGUAGCCUGCUAUUGGACAGUGCUGACGAGCGAGGGGAGAGGAGAGUAGACUGGGAGAGGCUGACUUCCUUCCUGCUGUUAGGGCUGUCAGAAAAAGAGGAGAAUGAACGGGCUGCCACUGUGCCUCGCUGGCAGCCUCCACAAACUCUGACCCCUCCACACCGUGACCCUGUCCAACAGGUGGUGUACCUGCGUAGCUCAAGCCGGUACCUGUCGGUGAGUAAGGGGGGCACGCUGGGGGUGUGGGCGGGGGAGGACUUUGCCCUUCUCCAAACACACCGCCUCCACAACGACUCUGUCAGGCCCAAAGAUCUCUGGGUAACAGCUAUGGUGGUGCUGCACAACGUAAACAAGAUAGCUGUGUCAUUCACCAGUAAGGAGCUGUGUUUCUAUGACUUGCUGUCCAAGCAGCAGUUUAGCUGCCAGUAUAAACUGCAGGGUCUGAGAUACGCCCCUCUCAGUCUGGACUACUGGUGUCACCCCACUUACCCUGCCCAGGCUGUACUCACCAUGGGAGACACAGGGGGACAGGUCAGUGCCAUAUGCUUCAGGUCAGCUCAGAUCUCCCUGUUUGAGAGGCCCAGUCCAGGGGCGGAGACAGACUCUGCUGACAUCAUCAAGUGGAAGGAGCUAGUUGAAGGUCGCCAUCGCUGCUGCUACACACUGAGACACCGAGCUCAUGGACACGUCUGGGUACGCAGAGUGCGUUUCCUGGGCUCUCUGGAGGCGUUGUUGUCGUGCAGCACCAGCCCCCAGAGUAGCAUGGUGAUUGGCUGGAGGGAGAAAGAGGGCGAGCCCCUCAGAGUCACCGCCUUCCACACGGAGAAAGGAACCAAUGACCUGGACCAUCACUCUGGGAUGAAUUUGAUAGCCACCGCAGGUAUAGACAACAAGGUGCUGCUGUGGAACCCCUAUGUGAUCUCUAAACCAGUGGGUGUACUCCGAGGUCACAUGAGCAGUGUUACAGCCGUACGCUUCAUAGUGGGCAAGAAACAGCUGAUCAGCUUCUCCAAGGACAAGGUGCUGAGGUUGUGGGAUGUGGCUAGUCAGCUGUGUAUUCAGCGUAUCGCCGGCAUCUUCCCCAAGACACAGGAGGAGUGUCACACUCUUCUGUUCCUCAGUGAGGAGCGCUCACGCCUCCUCCUCUCCUUCAACAGUCUGCUCCUCCUCAUGGAAGCCAAGAGAGAGGAGGGGAGGAGAGUCACCAGCCAUGAGAACUCUGUCACCUGUGUCCUCUAUAACAGCCUGUUCAGACAGGUGAUCAGCAGUGACUCUGGCUCCUCAGUGAUCUGUUGGCUGGUGGACACAGGUCAGAAGGUCAAGCAGUUCCACCGUUGUCAUGGUGAUGCUGAGAUCUCCACCAUGGCGCUGGAUGGGACACAGACACGCUUGUUCACCGCCGGCACAGACGGAGUAGUCAAGAUCUGGGACUUUAACGGGCACUGUCACCACAGGCUGAAUGCGGGCCGGGACCAGGCCGUGGACAUCUCCCAGGUUCUAGUGCUGAAGAGAACCGUGCUGGUCAUGGGCUGGGAGAGGAUGUUAACAGUGUUCAGACUGCCCUCGUUCUCCCAGUUCUUUGUUCAGCCCUCUGAGUGGAAGGGAGGAGUUCAGCAUAACGACGACGUCCUGUGUGCCGCAUUCCUGCCCCCUCAAACCCUUGUCACAGGAAGUUACGACGGGGAGCUGACGGUGUGGAACAACAGCACAGAGAACGCCCUGAGAAAGCUCCGUCCAGAUCCCGAGAGAGAACGCAGCAGGCCUCAGACGGUGUGUAAUGUGAACGGCGAGCAGGACUCAGAGAGCAGUGAUGGCGUCUCCAGACUCUUCUUCCUGCCAGGACGUAAGGGCGUUGCCACCGUUGGUGGAGCAGACCUGGUCUCAUGUGGCGGUUCUGGUCUGGUUCGGUUUUGGAACACGGUCCAUAGCGGUCUGGUUGCUGUGUUCACAGCUCAUAAAGACAUAGGGUCCAUCAUCAUGACCAUGACCGCCUGUGGUCGAUACCUGAUCACUGCUGACAUGGAGGGAACCCUGAAGACCUGGGGCAUACAGGAAUACUGCCUCCUGCCCAGCGACGGAGUGACCAGUGAGGCUCCAGAAUUGCUGGGUAGUCUCCGCCCACACAUGGACUGUGUAACUCACCUGGAGACGUGCCUCCAUGGCGGCAGGCUCCUCCUCCUCUCAGCAUCUGCAGACUGUAGCGUAGCUCUCAGCUACCUGCCUGGGGACACAGUGGGCGUGUUCGGACAGUGUGUGCAUGAUGUGUGUGUGUGUAGUAUUCCCGGUGACUGUCCUCCUCCGAGUAGUAUUUUGGGGCGAAGCUACAGGGAGAGGCAGGGCCUGAGGGUGAGUGACAGCCGACCUGGCCAUAGGGAGACACCAUUGAAUACUGAUGUUGGUACGUUCAGUGGGCUGCGUAUCGGAGAAGUACAGUCUGUCAGAGAGCUGUCCAGACCAGAGUUCGUCAUACACCCUCACCGCUACUUCAACCAUAGCGCCAAAACCAGCCCAAUAUUCACACCCCUACCUGCCAACACUGAGGGUACGCCCCUUAAUGUGGUGAAGGCUGCCUUUGACCAGCGGAGUCUGUUCCCUAAAGAGCUUCUGGAUGAGGAGGACAGGCCUAGCCAUGGAGCCAGGAAACAGGGGAGCAGGGAGAACCGGAUCAACGACAGGGGGCGUGGGAGGAAGGACAGACAAAGAAAGGGUAGUUCCUCUGGAGCCUUCAAGUGAAGACGUCAUUUAUAUUGUUAUCUACUUUAUCACGUUUCAAUAUAACUUAAAUGUCUGUCAAAUUAAAUCUGAUCAAUCAA